AUGGCCGUCCUGGCCCCCAAGCUGGGCGAGCUGCUCACGGCGGAGUACGUCGUGCAGAAAGGCCUCAAGCCCGACAUCGAGUCCCUCUCCAAGGAGCUUGUGAUGAUGAAAGCCUCUCUGGAGGACUCGUCUCGGGACCUAAAGGUAGUGUCUAUAGUCGGGUUUGGAGGAUUGGGUAAGACUACGCUAGCCAAAACGGUGCAUGAUAUGCUUAAGAAGCAAUUCGGUUGUUCUGCUUUUAUUUCUGUUGGUAGGACUCCUAAUCUGACUAGGACAUUUGAGAAGAUAUUAGUGGAAUUCGAUAAGAAGUAUAAGCAAGUCGACAUGGCCAGAUGGGAUAUAGAGCAAUUUGGAAACGAACUGCAUGAAUUCUUAACGGAUAAGAGGUACUUCAUUGUUGUUGAUGACAUAUGGGAUGUUGAAUCAUGGAAAGCGAUCAGAUAUGCCUUGAAGGACAAUAAUUGUGGAAGUAGAAUUAUCAUGACUACUCGUAAUUUUGAGGUUGCCACAAAAGCAGGAGAGGUUUACAGACUGAAACCUCUUUCUCAUGGAAACUCUAAGAAAUUAUUCUACAAAAGAAUACAGAGCCAUAAAGGAGAAAGUGUUGAUGGUGUAUCAGAUGAAUUGUCUAGUAAAAUCAUAGAUAAGUGUGGCGGCAUACCAUUGGCUAUCAUUGCAAUAGCUAGUUUAUUGGUUGAAAGACCAUAUGAUGACUGGUCAAAGAGUGUCAUUUGGAUGUGGAUAGGUGAAGGUUUUGUCCAUCUUGAGAAAGAGGACGGCAGCCUAUUUGAGGCUGGAGAAAGAUACUUCAACGAGCUUGUCAAUAGAAGCAUGAUCCAAACGAUGAAAGACAGAUAUGAUCCGUUCACACAAUGGUUCCGUAUUCAUGAUAUUGUGUUUGAUCUCAUCAGCAAGUUAUCGAGAGAUGAAAACUUUGUUACGUUUUUGGGAAGCAUGGAGCAACAUGCAUCUCCAGACAGUUUAAGGAGAGAGAAGAAUACCAGCAUUCCUCGUUCGGACAGCAAGGUACGCCGGCUGGCUGUCAAAAAUCACCUUGUGCAACGCAUCCGUGAAGACACCAUGGACAUGCCAGAGGUGAUGAGGUCACUUAACAUUUUUGAUAGUAAGAUUGAGGUUAUGGCCCCACUUCAUAGCUUCAGAGUUUGCCGUGUGCUAUAUAUAGAAAACUACUACGUCCCGAUUAGCCUAAAGCAUAUAGGGAAGUUGUUGCAUCUCAAGUACUUAGAGAUAUCAUCUUACACACCUGUUGAUGAGCUUCCUAAGGAACUUGGGCAUCUGAAGUCUCUCCAGACACUGUACUUAAAGAAAACAGGGCUAGACGAGCUGCCACCGGCUGUUUGUUCGCUUACACAGCUGAUGUGCCUGGUAGCUAUUGGGUUUAGAAGGUUGCCAGCUGACAGGAUGGGGAGCCUAACAUCCCUUGAGGACCUACGGCUAGACAGCGUAGUUGGUCGGAAUGCCACUGAGGACCUGGUGGUAGCGCUUGGGAAGCUGACGAGGCUGAGGAACCUGAGAACUAGUGCUUCAUUCUACAGGAUCACUGCAACAGGGAGCCAAUGCGACCUAGAUAACCUGGAGAGAUUGCCAGAGCUGACCUACCUUGAGCUAGUCAGUUUCAGCUGCCCUCCAGGGUAUACUGUUGGUAAGGACGGUUUCAGGAAUCUGAGGUUCUGCCGUGUGGAUACAACGCUCAAAUUUUCUAUGGGCGCCAUGCCAAGGCUCGAAGAGCUGCGGUUUAGAGUUAAUGCAGGGUAUUCGAGUGGGUUUGUAAAUGAUGUGCCGUUGGAGCAGUUCCCAACAAAGGAUGAAAUCGAAGAUCUUGACUUGGGCCUGGAUAACCUCCUUUCACUUGAGAAAGUCACCGUCACAGUCGACUGCUCGGGUGCUACUGCCGCAGAAGUGCAGGAAGUGGAGGCCAUGGUCACGCGUGCGGUGGAAAAUCAUCCCAACCGUCGAACUAUAAAAGUGGAUCGAGCACAUGAAGGAAAUAUGUUAUCUGACGAAGAAAGCGAGGAUCUGCUUCAGCAACACAUUCAACAAUGUGACCGUGUGCUCUCGUCGAAGGAUGAGCCUGAUGCUUGGUUCAUCGCCCACCUACGGUGGUACCGACUUCUUCAGAAAGCCGUUAUUUCCAUCGACUGUGCGGGUGCCAGCCUGUGUGAGGUGGAGAAAGUGGAAGCAGCUUUUAGGCAUGCAGCCGAGGUUCACCAUAACCAUCCGACUAUCCAACUGAUCAGAACAAACACCGACGAAAUGGUCUCCUCAUCUGACCAUCUCGACACAGAGUCCUUCCAACCCAGCAGGUAA